UGUGGUAGCGCUCGGGCGCCAUGUUAGGACGAAGGGGAAGGAGGAGAAGCGCUUAAAGCGGCGGGAGCGGGUGCGGGAGUGGGGUUGGACCCAGGCUGAGGUAGCCCCCUCCCUCCCGCCUCAGUGGAUCAUGCCCAGGGCGGCAGCGGCGGCGGUUGCGGGGGGGCAGUGACUGGGCGGUGCCGCGCAGGAGACGAUGCCGUUUCCAGUUACAACGCAGGGAUCACAACAGACACGGCCGCCUCAGAAGCACUAUGGUAUCACCUCCCCUAUCAGCUUAGCAACCCCCAAGGAGACUGACUGCGUUCUUACACAGAGACUCAUCGAGACUCUGAAGCCUUUUGGGGUUUUUGAAGAGGAGGAGGAGCUGCAGCGCAGGAUUUUAAUUUUGGGAAAAUUAAAUAACCUGGUAAAAGAGUGGAUACGGGAAAUCAGUGAAAGCAAGAAUCUUCCACAAUCUGUAAUUGAAAAUGUUGGAGGAAAAAUUUUUACAUUUGGAUCUUACAGAUUAGGAGUACACACAAAAGGUGCUGAUAUUGAUGCAUUGUGUGUUGCACCAAGACAUGUUGAUCGAAGUGACUUUUUCACCUCAUUCUAUGAUAAAUUGAAGUUACAGGAAGAAGUAAAAGAUUUAAGAGCUGUGGAAGAGGCGUUUGUACCAGUUAUCAAGCUGUGUUUUGACGGGAUAGAGAUUGAUAUUUUGUUUGCAAGAUUAGCACUGCAGACUAUUCCAGAAGAUUUGGAUUUACGAGAUGACAGUCUGCUUAAAAAUUUAGAUAUAAGAUGCAUAAGAAGUCUUAACGGUUGCAGGGUAACCGAUGAAAUUUUACAUCUAGUACCAAACAUUGACAACUUCAGGUUAACUCUGAGAGCUAUCAAACUGUGGGCCAAACGCCACAACAUCUAUUCCAAUAUACUAGGUUUCCUCGGUGGUGUUUCCUGGGCUAUGCUAGUAGCCAGAACUUGCCAGCUUUAUCCAAAUGCAAUAGCAUCAACUCUUGUACAUAAGUUUUUCUUGGUAUUUUCUAAAUGGGAAUGGCCAAAUCCAGUGCUAUUGAAACAGCCCGAAGAAUGCAAUCUUAAUUUGCCUGUAUGGGACCCAAGGGUCAACCCCAGUGAUAGGUACCAUCUUAUGCCUAUAAUCACACCAGCAUACCCACAGCAGAACUCCACGUACAAUGUGUCCGUUUCAACACGGAUGGUCAUGGUUGAGGAGUUUAAGCAAGGUCUUGCUAUCACAGAUGAAAUUUUGCUGAGUAAGGCAGAGUGGUCCAAACUUUUUGAAGCUCCAAACUUCUUUCAAAAGUACAAGCAUUAUAUUGUACUUCUAGCAAGUGCACCAACAGAAAAACAACGCCUAGAAUGGGUGGGCUUGGUGGAAUCAAAAAUCCGAAUCCUGGUUGGAAGUUUGGAGAAGAAUGAAUUUAUUACACUGGCGCAUGUGAACCCCCAGUCAUUUCCAGCACCCAAAGACAACCCUGACAAGGAAGAGUUUCGUACAAUGUGGGUGAUUGGGUUAGUGUUUAAGAAAACAGAAAACUCUGAAAACCUCAGUGUUGAUCUCACCUAUGAUAUUCAGUCUUUCACAGAUACAGCAAGUGUCAUUUUCCAGCUGUCCAGGAGAAAUAAUUUUCCACAGAGAAUGUUCAGAUUUACCAACCAACGGAGAGAUGGAGAGGAAAAAAUUGUUUAUAGGCAAGCAAUAAACAGCAAGAUGUUUGAGGUGGAUAUGAAAAUUGCUGCAAUGCAUGUAAAAAGAAGACAACUCCAUCAACUGCUCCCUAAUCACGUGCUUCAGAAAAAGAAAAAGCAUUCAGCAGAAGGCGUCCGAUUGACAGCUCUGAAUGACAGCAGCCUUGACUUGUCUAUGGACAGUGACAACAGCAUGUCUGUGCCUUCACCUACCAGUGCUAUGAAGACCAGUCCCUUGAACAGUUCUGGCAGCUCUCAGGGCAGAAACAGUCCUGCUCCAGCUGUAACAGCAGCAUCUGUGACCAACACCCAGGCUCCUGAAGUUUCUGUGCCACAAGUCAAUUCCAGUGAAAGCUCAGGGGGUACAUCGAGUGAAAGCAUUCCUCAAACUGCCACACAGCCAGCCAUUUCUCCACCACCAAAGCCUACGGUCUCCAGAGUCGUUUCCUCAACACGUCUGGUAAACCAACCACCUAGACCUUCAGGAAAUGCAGCAACAAAAAUACCUAAUCCUAUAGCAGGAAUGAAGAGGACAUCCUCCCCGCAUAAAGAAGAGAGUCCCAAGAAAACCAGAACAGAAGAGGAUGAAACAAGUGAAGAGGCUAACUGUCUUGCUUUGAGUGGACAUGAUAAAACAGAAACGAAGAAACGCUGGAAAUCUUCCCCUUCCCUGACCUUAUCCAGAUUCCCAUGAUGGAUAGAUCUUUUGUUUGUUUGUUUUUUUGUGUCUGUCUUUCUAGAUUCUGUGUGUGCCCACACGUGUUCACACACAUACCAGUAAUGCCUUGUGAUAUUUACUCACUUUGUAAACCAAGAAAAAAUUGUUUACAUCGUUAUGUAAUCUACAAAAUUACUAUUAAUGGCUACAUAGAACACUGGGUUUUUUUUAAUAGAAUGUCAUCUUAAAGCUACUACCGUAUUUUAUUCAACCAAUUUCCUAUUUACAGUUGUUUCCAUUAAAAAACAAAGUUGCUCUUCUCUGCUGUAGCAUUGACUAUAGCUAAGCUGCUGCCAUCCAUUUAUGUUUCUUUCCUUAGGGUAAAUUAAUGAAGGAGGAAUUACUGAGGCAAAUAGUGUGCCUCGUUUUAAAACUUCCGGUGCAUAUGGCCAGGCUGUCUUCAAGAAAGGCCGCCUUUCUCCGGUGACUGCUGCUCCGUGCCGGCCCUGACACUUUCCCAGUGUGCACAGGGCACUGUUGUUAUUUACUCUUUUUGGUUUCCCAGGAGAAAGUUGAUAUUUCAUUGUUUUAUUAUUGUAUAUAUUGUGUCGUAAAAGUUGAAGUUGUCAGGUAUUUGUGUGCGUAGUAAUGUAUUACUCGCUUUUGUGUGCUGCUCUGAAGACGUUCAGACCAGUGGAGUGACAGUGCUCACCUGGCGUUUCCCCAGACUCUUAGAGCAGCGUCAGUGCUCUGGUUACUGCGGGAGGGGAGGAGCUCGAGCUUACACAGGGAGAAGUGUUUAGAGACCUUGUCUACUUUUAACUAAAGGCAUGGUGCACUUUUUGUGCUUCUGGGUAAUUUCUUUUAGUAAUGAAAUUAUUUUUGAGUUGUGCUUUUGUCUUAUGGCCAAGAGCUUUUUCUUGAGCUUAUAUUCUGCUAACUAUUGUCUGGGCAGCAUUUUAUGAUGUGCCUGUAUAUGUCUUAAUUAUUGUUUGUUUACAGUGUCCAAGUUGGAGCCAGUUGGAAAGUUGUGAGAUCCUUGGACACCGUGCUUAUGAGAUUUAAAUAGGCAAAUAAAAAUUUAGGAGUAUCUGAAACAGUGUGAAAUAACCUACAACAGGGCUUAAUGGAUGAUUCUGUAAUGUAGUCACAGCUUUCUCUUGAUCCCCCGCCUUCCAGUUUGUCUUAAAAAUUUUUUAGCCAGCAAACCCAGUUAUGUUCUUGUAUCCUUUUUUAAGUCUCUUUUCCCCAUCCUCUUUGUCUUCCAGGAACAACUGGACACAGAGACAAGUACAGCUCAGUCGGAAACUAUCCAGACGGCAGCUUCUCUGUUGGCCUCGCAG